AUGUUUGGAUCAUAACCAAUUAGAUUUACUAUUUCAUUUUUAAUAUUGAAUGCCUCUAAUUUUACAUUAUUAAGUUUGAUUACAAAUUCAAGCCUAUUACUAUUGAUUUUAUUAAGUUUUAUAAUAUUGACAAAUAUCUCUUUAUUUUAAGUUUUAAGUAGAAAUCCUGGAAUAAUUCCAAAAAAUGUAAAAUAAAAAUAAAUAAAACUAGAUUGUUGGUUUUGAAUUGAAAUAUGAAUUACUAAUAAUACCAUAGAUUACAAAAUAUUCAUCUGUUUAAAUGGGCUCUGAUUAUAUGAUAUGGAAAGAUAAUUUAAUUCAUUAAUUAAAAUAUUGUGCAUUUUGUCAUAUUUAUCGACCACCAAGGAGUUCUCAUUGUUAUACAUGUGGAAAUUGUAUCCUAAAAUAUGAUCAUCAUUGUCCUUGGAUAGGAUAAUGUAUAGGAUAGAAUAAUUAUAGGUAAAAAAAGAAUAAUUGUUUUAGAUAAUAUAUUUAAUUAUUAAUAUUUGGAAUGUUUGAUUAAUUAUGCAUAUUUUGUAUUUGCACCAUAACUUUAUAUGAUCAAAUGAUAAUCAAGAUAAUUCUAAUUAUAUAUACAAUACCAGUAAUUAUUCAGUGGUGAAAAAUUAGUUAUUUUUCUUCAUUUUCAGUCUUCAAGUCUUGCAUUUAUAUUUAUUAAUUACAAGGUAAACAUCAAAAGAAUACUUCAAAUAGCUUUGGAAAACAAAAGCUGGUAAUCCAUUUAAUUUAUAAUUUUGGAAAUAUCAUCCAUAGUUUAUUGAUUUCAAUACACAAUAUAUCAGAUAGAAAAAUUUUGUUUCUCAACUUACAUAAAUAGAUUUAAGUUUAAAUAUGGAUAAAAAACCUUAAACAUUAAAAUAGCCAAUAAAACCAUACAAAGAAGUUGAAUUAUAAAUUAAAAAUUGA